AUGCAUCGACCCAAGCGACCAGCAUCGACCCAAGCGACCAGCAUCGACCCACGCUCCCGCCAUCGACCCAAGCGACCACCAUCGACCCAAGCGACCACCAUCGACCCAAGCGACCAGCAUCGACCCAAACGACCAGCAUCGACCCACGCUCCCGCCAUCGACCCAAGCGACCACCAUCGACCCAAGCGACCAGCAUCGACCCAAGCGACCAGCAUCGACCCACGCUCCCGCCAUCGACCCAAGCGACCACCAUCGACCCAAGCGACCAGCGUCGACCCAAGCGACCAGCAUCGACCCAAGCGACCAGCAUCGACCCACGCUCCCGCCAUCGACCCAAACGACCAGCAUCGACCCACGCUCCCGCCAUCGACCCAAGCGACCACCAUCGACCCAAGCGACCGCCAUCGACCCAAGCGACCAGCAUCGACCCACGCUCCCGCCAUCGACCCAAACGACCAGCAUCGACCCAAACGACCAGCAUCGACCCACGCUCCCGCCAUCGACCCAAGCGACCACCAUCGACCCAAGCGACCGCCAUCGACCCAAGCGACCAGCAUCGACCCACGCUCCCGCCAUCGACCCAAACGACCAGCAUCGACCCACGCUCCCGCCAUCGACCCAAACGACCAGCAUCGACCCACGCUCCCGCCAUCGACCCAAGCGACCACCAUCGACCCAAGCGACCAGCAUCGACCCAAACGACCAGCAUCGACCCACGCUCCCGCCAUCGACCCAAGCGACCACCAUCGACCCAAGCGACCAGCAUCGACCCAAGCGACCACCAUCGACCCAAGUGACCAGCAUCGACCCACGCUCCCGCCAUCGACCCAAACGACCAGCAUCGACCCACGCUCCCGCCAUCGACCCAAGCGACCACCAUCGACCCAAGCGACCGCCAUCGACCCAAGCGACCACCAUCGACCCACGCUCCCGCCAUCGACCCAAGCGACCACCAUCGACCCAAGCGACCGCCAUCGACCCAAGCGACCACCAUCGACCCACGCUCCCGCCAUCGACCCAAACGACCAGCAUCGACCCAAACGACCAGCAUCGACCCACGCUCCCGCCAUCGACCCAAGCGACCACCAUCGACCCAAGCGACCGCCAUCGACCCAAGCGACCAGCAUCGACCCACGCUCCCGCCAUCGACCCAAACGACCAGCAUCGACCCACGCUCCCGCCAUCGACCCAAGCGACCACCAUCGACCCAAGCGACCGCCAUCGACCCAAGCGACCACCAUCGACCCACGCUCCCGCCAUCGACCCAAACGACCAGCAUCGACCCAAACGACCAGCAUCGACCCACGCUCCCGCCAUCGACCCAAGCGACCACCAUCGACCCAAGCGACCGCCAUCGACCCAAGCGACCAGCAUCGACCCACGCUCCCGCCAUCGACCCAAACGACCACCAUCGACCCAAACGACCAGCAUCGACCCAAGCGACCACCAUCGACCCAAGUGACCAGCAUCGACCCACGCUCCCGCCAUCGACCCAAACGACCAGCAUCGACCCACGCUCCCGCCAUCGACCCAAGCGACCACCAUCGACCCAAGCGACCGCCAUCGACCCAAGCGACCACCAUCGACCCACGCUCCCGCCAUCGACCCAAACGACCAGCAUCGACCCAAACGACCAGCAUCGACCCACGCUCCCGCCAUCGACCCAAGCGACCACCAUCGACCCAAGCGACCGCCAUCGACCCAAGCGACCAGCAUCGACCCACGCUCCCGCCAUCGACCCAAACGACCACCAUCGACCCAAACGACCAGCAUCGACCCAAGCGACCAGCAUCGACCCACGCUCCCGCCAUCGACCCAAGCGACCACCAUCGACCCAAGCGACCAGCAUCGACCCAAGCGACCACCAUCGACCCAAGUGACCAGCAUCGACCCACGCUCCCGCCAUCGACCCAAACGACCAGCAUCGACCCACGCUCCCGCCAUCGACCCAAACGACCACCAUCGACCCAAGCGACCAGCAUCGACCCAAGUGACCAGCAUCGACCCACGCUCCCGCCAUCGACCCAAACGACCACCAUCGACCCAAACGACCAGCAUCGACCCAAGCGACCAGCAUCGACCCACGCUCCCGCCAUCGACCCAAGCGACCACCAUCGACCCAAGCGACCAGCAUCGACCCAAGCGACCACCAUCGACCCAAGCGACCGCCAUCGACCCAAGCGACCAGCAUCGACCCACGCUCCCGCCAUCGACCCAAGCGACCACCAUCGACCCAAGCGACCACCAUCGACCCAAGCGACCACCAUCGACCCAAGUGACCAGCAUCGACCCACGCUCCCGCCAUCGACCCAAACGACCAGCAUCGACCCACGCUCCCGCCAUUGA